AUGGGUAACGAGACCCUUCAACAGUUCGCGGCCCUCGAUCUCGACUACUUGAUUGUAGGCGGAGGUACCGCAGGUCUAGCUGUUGCUGCCCGCCUGACUAGUGACCCUGAAUUCUGCGUGGGAGUCAUCGAAGCCGGCCCAUCAGUUCUAAACAUAGAUGACAAUGGCGCGAUCAAUGUCCCUGGUCGGUAUGGCGAAACCAUCGGCUCGAAAUACGAUUGGAAAUUCAAAACUACGCCACAGCCAGGUCUGGGGGGGAAGAUCACUACCAAGGCCACGAGGUCGCAUAUUAGGCCCUUUUUCCGCCGCAGCGAGAAUUUCCACCCACCGAGUGCCGCUCAUCAAAAACAUUAUCAGUCUUCUUAUGAUCCCCAAAUUUACGGAACGAAAGGUCCUCUACAUACAUCACAUACCAAGCAGUAUGGCCCGACACACCAAUACUGGCACGAGACGCUCAAUAGUCUUGGGGUCCGAUCCACCCGCGAUAGUCUCGCCGGCGAUAAUACAGGCGUUUGGAAUCUGAUCUGCACAAUUGACCCAGAUACCCAGGAGCGCAGCUAUUCCGCCUCCGCAUACUAUCAACCCAUCGCAACGCGCCCAAACCUGCAUAUACUGACUGGAGCAACUGCCCUAGAAAUCCUAUUUGAAUCCGAGGAUGAUGAGUGGUACGCAACAGGGGCCCGUGUACGCUGGAAUGGACAGGAAGCAAAUAUCAAAGCAUGCGAGGAGACAAUCGUCUGUGCUGGUAGCGUGCAAUCGCCACAACUGCUGGAGCUAUCCGGCAUUGGCAACCAAGUUGUGUUGGAAGCUGCUGGAAUUGAGACAAAAGUCCACAGCCCCAAUGUAGGAGAGAAUUUGCAGGAGCACAUGAUGACUGCCACCAUCUUCGAAAUCCCCGCCACGAUUCCAACCCGCGAUGACAUUCUCCAAGACCCAAUUCAGCGCGAAGCUGCAGACCGCGCCUAUUACGCUUCUCAGACCGGACCUUGGACUGUUAUGCCCUGUUCAGUGGCGUAUUGUCCACUUUCGAAGAUCCUAUCACCUGCAGAAUGUGACGAACUGCACACCCAGGCUAAGGAAAUUGCGCGAAAAACAGGACGUACGCGUGACGCUCUUUUAGCCAGUCAAUUCGAUUCCGGGCAAGCGCGUGGUCAAAUCGAGUAUCUCUUUGAUCUUGGUAACUGGAGCCCAUAUUUUGUGUCUGAGCCCGGAAAGAAAUACGCCACUAUGCUGCAAAAUGCUGCAGUAUCCAUUCUCGCGCGGGUCUAUCCAUAUACCUCCUAUGAGCGAAACCAAUUAUGA